AUGAGGGAAUAUAAGCUAGUCGUACUGGGGAGUGGGGGAGUUGGCAAAAGUGCUCUCACUGUUCAGUUUGUCCAAGGAAUAUUUAUUGAAAAAUAUGACCCCACGAUAGAGGACAGUUACCGUAAGCAAGUAGAAGUCGAUGGCCAGCAGUGUAUGCUUGAAAUAUUAGACACAGCUGGAACUUCUUCCUUCAAUGACCUCGUUGAUUUAAGAGAACAGAUAUUGAGAGUUAAAGACACAGAUGAGCUACCUAUGGUACUUGUCGGAAACAAAUGUGAUCUUGAAGAUGAGAGGAGUGUUGGGAAAGAGCAAGGCCAAAACUUAGCUCGACACUGGGGCUGUGCUUACCUCGAAACCAGUGCUAAGGCAAAAAUAAAUGUCCACGAGGGUAUAAGUCAUAGUUGGUUUUCUUUAUGA